AUGUCUGCACCCCGGGUUCAUCCACGCCGUCGUCCUAUUUAUAAUAGUGCACCCAUCCCCCGUCUUCCAACCUCCUCUUCUCCUCUUUCGUCCUCUUCAGAUCUAUCCGACCCAGCAUGUCGUCACUCAGCACUACAUAGCAUGCAGUUGAGGAAAGGUGCCACGUUCCACUCUCCAACGACCCCGCCGUCUCCAGGCACUGAUCCUAUCCUUAACAUUCACUCUCUGCUUCGACGCUCUCCUACCUGCCCUAGGUCCCUGGAGGAUGUCAUUGCUGCUGGUGAAAAACGCAUGGCCGUGUUCAUAGACAAGUUCGAGCGUAACCUCUCUGGGCUUGGGACUUGUUCUCCGUCUACUGCUUCUUCUUCUUCUUCUUCCUCUUCUUCUUCUCCUCGCAACAGACAUAGUAUCCUCGAUGACGACGACCUUCCGGUCCCACGCGCCAUCUUAGAUGCCCACGUUAUUCACGCUGACACCAUGGAUACCGACAGCACAGACUCAAACCACUGCAAGCCUCUUCGGAUUGACGACUCCCCAGCAAUGAACUCCAGCCAACAUGCGUCUGAUAGCGGGUUGGGUACCUCGGUUAGCGGCACAAGUAACUCAGCGUCGAUCCAUUCACGCGAGAAGGCAAUUGACAAAAUGAAUCACUCACCCAAGGACCGCAAGAGCUUGCAGGAGCCUAAAAUGGCAUCAACACAAUCAGCUAUCACAAGAUCAAUCUCAUCCAACACUCUCGAAAUUCCUACUUUUGGUGUUGCUGCUCGCAAGAACAUCGAUCGUUUCAUUCUCAACCCUAUCCUUCUAGAGAAACGUUUAACCCCUUUCCACCCUCUAGCCCGUGGUGUGCCCGAGCGUAUUGAGAACAAGGAGAUUACCUGUCUUCGUGAUCUUGAAAAGACUCUUCUCUUCCUAGCACCGGUGAGUCAGCUUCUUUACAUCGAUGUGUCGGACUGUACUCAUACAUUGCGAAACCAUAUAAAGAAAUUCACCACGUCCAAAGCAUCCUACAUUGCAUUUUGUGAAUUUACCAUUCAGUGCCUCCAUACCACUGUGGGAUAUCUGAACGAGCGUGACCAGCGACGCCCAUCAGAUCGUCCCUAUACCAACGGUUAUUUCCUUGAUCUAGUCGAACAGAUCCGUCAGUACGCGUCGAUGAUCAGUGCCGCUCGAGAAAGGCAGGGCCCUCGCCCCCGCUCGAGAGAUGGCGAGAACAACAAGGACUAUUCAUCUGACGAAGAACUCACCCUUGAAGGUGGUCUGGCUGCCACUGGACGACCUGCUGAAUUGGUCCGACGCAAGAAGAACCAGGCGAUCUCACUACGUACUAGAGAACCUUAUGAAGAAAGGGCUUCUCCUGUGAUCCCAAUGAUGAAACGUAGUUUGAGCACGGAGUCGUGCGAUGACAGUGUCACUCGUUCGAUGGCUCGACGCAAGAAGAAUGCACCUCCCCUUGACAUUAACCAGAAAUGCAAGGACUGUGAUAAGGUGUUCAAGAGACCCUGUGAUCUUACGAAGCAUGAGAAGACGCAUUCGAGACCAUGGAAAUGUGAUGAGCGCUCAUGCAAGUAUUUUGAGAUUGGUUGGCCAACUGAGAAAGAACGUGACCGUCAUGUCAAUGACAAGCAUUCCAAAUCUCCACAGCUGUACAGAUGUCAAUUCCCACCUUGUACUUACCAGUCCAAGCGUGACAGUAAUCGCAAGCAGCAUAUGGAGAAGGCCCAUGGGUGGGUAUACGUUCGAUCUAAAAAUAAUGGAAAAGCCAGCAGUCGUGUGUCGAGCAGCCAUACUCCACACACUCCCCAAACUCCAAUCAUGAAGACCCCGAACUCAGGCACAGUGGAUAUCCCCACGCCACUAAGCCACCCGGCCCUUUCCCCUUACCUAGCAAAUGUCUCUCCGUACGAGCAGAGCUUGCAAUACAAUGCCCCUGGCUCUGGCACAUACCCGCUGGAUGAUUUGAUGGAUCCCCAGAAUCAGGACUUCCAACUCUUCCCAGACGCAAUGGACGAUUUUAACGCAUUUGUAUCACCCAUGGAUUUCAGCGCUUUCGAAGCCCAUUUGGCAGCUACAGAUCCUAACCAAUACAUUCCAAACCUGGACAUCCCUAUGUCGUCGUCAGCUUCCAGCACCAGCACCGCUCCUGCCAGCGCACUCUUGGGCUCAGGUCUUAUCGACGAAAACCCCUUCGAUCCCAGAACCACAACCCCAAACUUUGACGUCGACUUCGACAACAUGGACAGUGAAUACAUAACCAUGAACAUGCAGCUUCUUACUCCAGCCCAAUCCGUCGAGGUACACGGUCUCAGUUCCUUCUCACGCAACACGUCCGUCAGCGGCCUUUCACCUGGCUCCGUAUCCGAGCAGAAGGUUUCCAGCAACCUCUCCCCAACCGGACAGGGCAACUUGAUGCUCUACUCUCCCAACUCCCAACAGAAUAUCGAUGAAGGAUUCCAUGAUGCGUAUGGUAACCACAGCAAUAACCACAUGGGUAAACCGAAUGGUGACUUCACGCUUUUCGAGAGUCCGGCAGAUACCACGACUUCUGCACAGAACUUCCCAACUCUGAAUAAUUUUUCGGAUGAUCAUUAUAGUGCUGACGAUGCGUGGGGGGUUCAGAUUGAUCCGAUGGAUAUGCACAGGGAGGCUGAUGAGUAUAUGAUGGAUUAUUAG